GACCAGCAAGGGCCGAACCGGUCCGGCAGUUCGGCCAUUCCUUAGAAUGGCCGCCGGACCGGUUCGGACUCACCCCUAGGAGACGGUGGCGGGCCAGCCACCGGGAACAGGAGGCGGCAGGCUGUCCUGGCCUGGCAGCUGGGAGCAGGAGGCGGUGGUGGGCUGGCUGCCAGUAACAGGGCGUGGCAGGCUGUCCUGGCCCAGCCGCUGGGAGCAGGAGGUGGCGGGCCGGCCUGGUCCGGCCACCAAGAGCAGGAGACUGUGGCAGGCCAGCCUGGCCGCUGAGAGCAGAAGGCGGCGGUGGGCUUGUUGCCGGGCCGGCCUGACUCCCUUGCCGAGAGCAGGAGGUGGCAGCGGGCCGGACUGACCUGGCCACCAAGAGCAGGAGGCGGUGGUUGGCUGGUCGCUGGGAACAGGGCGCGGCAGGCCAUCUUGGCCUGGCUGCCGGGAGGCGGAGGCAGUGGCGGGCCGGCCUGGCCCUGCCGCCGAGAACAGGAGGCUGCGCUGGGCUGGCCCGUCCCAUCCAUAGCGAUCAGGAAGGAGCAGGAGACGGCGGGCCAGACUGGUUCAGCUGCCAAGAUCAGGAGGCAGCGGCGGGCGAGCCCGGCCUGGCUGCCGAGAGUAGGAGGUGGCAGCGGGCUGGCCACUGGGAACAGGAGGCAGGAGGCCAGCCUGACCACUGAGAGCAGGAAAUGGCGGCAGGCCGGCCGCUGUGAGAAGGCGGAGGCGGUGGGCCGGCCUGUCCCCCUCGCUGAGAGCAGGAGGUGGCGGGGUGCUGGCCUGGCCACCGAGAGGUGUGCCGGGCUGGCCGCCGUGAACAGGAGGGGGUGGGCUGGCCUGGCUGCCGGGAGCAGGAGCGGAUGGCGGACUACCAGGAGCAGGAGCACAGAAUUUCCCCAAAAUUACUAUUGCCAUGUCCAGCUUUGAAACUGCAGAUACUGAAGAGAUAGCAACUUGUCUGUCUAUCACUGUCUAUCAUCCAAGUCAAGAGGAAAAGCAAGUAUUUCGUGCCUUAAGCUUCUGCCAGCGACAGCAGCUAAGAGCAGAUGACCUGGUUAAGUUUGGGAGAGACUGCAACGUCUGCCAUUUUAACUUUGUAGAUGGACGUGUUUCACGCAUUCAGUUUGCCUUGCAGUUUUUCAGACACUUCAACAGCUCAGAGUUUGGUUUUGAGAUUAAGAACAUGAGCAAAAAGGUAAAGCUAACUGUAGACAACGUUGAACUGGCCUACCUGAAUAAAGUUGACCUGCCUGAGACCUGCAUGGUUCUCUUUGGAGAGUACCAGAUCCUAAUGCAAAAACAAGGAGGCGAGUCGGAGGACUAUUUUGAUAUUCGCUUUGAAUUGGCCGAAAAAUCACUGCUGCAGGAAAAACGAUUAUUGAAGAAACCUAUACUUGACUAUGGCAUGAUACAGAAUGACUCUCCAAUAGAGAUUGAUGAGAAUGAAUGAAUUGGAGAAAUUCUACAAAAGACGUGUAGAAUUGUUUCAGUGCUCUAAAGUAUUUGAUGCCUACUACUUUUGCCUUGCAUUUCAUAGUCACUGAGUUUCAUCAUCCACAUUUGUGCUAUGCUAACUUCAUAGUACAGGUUAAUGUCCACAUUAACCUGCACAAUCCUUAACAUCCUGCCAUCUAACACCCCCACCCCACCCCCGGUAGAUAGGUUUGCAUCAUAUGCUAACAAAUGUCUUAAGUGAAAUGUUAAGUGCUGACUAUAUGUAUUUUUAAUAUAGCCAUCUGCAUGCUGUAGGCUGUGCUACUUACAUUAUUAUAAUUAACGCACAUAUAUAGCCUUUUAACAAAAAUGUUUUCAAAGUCCUGCAAAGGGCUAAAUGAACACUGACAAAAGGUGUGUGUGCGUGCGUGCGCACGUGCAGGGGUAGGUGGGGGUAAUGCUGCAUUUUGCAUUUUCACUUAAUAGAAGACAGUCCUGCUUGCUUCUGUGCAGAAGCUGCAAAGGCACCAAACAUAAUGUAAUGUGUGGAUAAUAAAACCUUUAAAAAAAAAUAAAUCCAUAGCUUCACAUAAACCAUUACCCUUUUCUUGAAGGAGACGGUAAGGUUGUUCACAUGACUGGGUGGGGCGGUAGGUGGGAAGGCUGGUUAUGCUUACCUUGCCCCCAGAAGAACAAUGGCUUGUUUCUCGGAGUGUACUCUAAGACGAGCAACACUGCAUGCCUGCAGCUCCGAAGACCGGGACAAAGCAUCCCUGUGUCCAAGGAUCCCACAAUGCACUGUGUGACAUGUGCAAUGCAUUGGGGAUUCCCCCAGGAGCCAAGCGCUCCAGACAUCUGUCUCUGUGUCUGCUGGGGCUAAACACAGCCCCAGUGACCACACUAGGCUGCUGCCCGAGUUAAGAGCUCACUUGAGUAAUUAACUCUGGCUAAGAGCUGGGUUUAAAAAUGGGCCUAGGCGGUGCUUCCCUCCCAGCAUUGGGCCCGAUCCUGGUAGUUCUCACACACAGGGAUUCCCUAGCCUGGGUUAGGCUGUGUGUGAGAACAACCUCUGGAUAUCAAAGAAAACAUAGAAUUGCAAGCUGUGAAUGUAAAUAAGUGUAUACAUUUUAAGCUGUUCUUAUCCUAUGAAAUUGUCUUAACUACUUUAUUCUGUGAAAUUUUUACUGUUUUAUAUUUGUGUGAAAUUGUGUACACCAUCUAGAGAGAUACAUAUCAGACAGUAUAUAAAUAUAGUGCCAUUA